AUGGAUUUUUUUAAUUCCGAAACCUUUGCAAAAUUUUUAAAUACAACUCAGACAGGUUCAGCACAUUCAUCAUCAGGUAUCGAUUUCCCCAUUUUUAUGAAAACUUUAUUUACAUCCAUAUGCUUUUGUACGAUUCAAUUGACGUUAUUUUGUUUAUUAAGAUCAAUUUUCAAUUUCUUAUAUCAACCAAGAUGUUUCUGUGUUCCAACUAAUGAAAGAAUGGAAGUAUUACCAAGAGGAUUUUUGAAAUGGAUUGUACCCACUUUGAAAAGUAGCAUAAACACCUUUUUAUCAUUGGGAUUGGAUGCUUAUUUCUUUAUUAGAUUUAUAUCAGUAUUAACUUUAUUUUUUUCAUUCAUUGGUACUUUGAAUAUGAUUAUAUUGAUUCCUAUCAAUUUUACAGGUGGUGAUUCAUCAUUUAGUGCAUCAGGUUUAGAUAAAUUAAGUUUAUCCAACAUUGCAAGAUCAAAUGUCUAUAGGCUAAAUGCUCAUUUCAUAAUGGGGAUAAUAACAAUUGGAGUCUUCCAUUGGUUAUUGAUUUAUGAAUUUCAAAGUUUUGUAGCAAUAAAACAAUCAUAUUUAUUGUCACAAUCACAUAGUAAGUCAAUAAUGGCAAGAACAUUAAUGAUUUUUAAUGUACCUCCAUAUUUACAAAAUAAAGAUGUCAUUCACGAGUUAUUUAGUUUAAUACCAGGAGAGAUCAAAAAUAUUUGGGAAGUCUACGAAUUUGAUAGAAUUCAGAACGAAGUUGAAAAAGCAAACGAUGCAUUAAAAUAUAUUGAGUUAUCCCAAUUAUUAACAUUGAAAAAAUACUAUAAGACUAAAUCAAAAUGGUGGGGCAGUCCAGAAAUUCAGACUUUUUUAAGAACUUAUGAUAUAAAAUUUUACCCUCCAAUAUAUUGUAAUUUGAUGAAAAUACCACAAAUAGAUAGAACUAUCAGGUUUAAGCUUCCAGGAUGGUUAAGAUUUUUCCUUUUUCAAAAGCGAGUUUCCAUGUUAAAUUGGUCUUUGUAUACAUUGAACAAUUCCCAAAUAGCAAUUGAAGAUGAGAAAUUGAAAUUAUAUAAUUGCCAAUUGAAAAAGCAUAAUAAAUUAUUUAUUGAAUUUGAGAAUCAACAAGGUGCAUGUAUAGCUAAUCAAUGCUUACUAUCUCAAAGUCAAGGAUGUUUAGAUAAGACCAUUAUUGAAGUACAUCCAAAUGAUGUUAUAUGGAACAAUGUAUCAAGAACAGAUGGAAUAGCUUGCAAAUUUGAAAAGUACUUAGUCACUAUCAUAUUCAUCAGUGUAAUUGUACUUUAUGUAAUUCCUGUAUCACUAAUUGGGUUGGUUUCUCAGAUACCUAUAUCAUCGCUGUCAUUACCUUUUAUUAAUUGGAUCAAUUGGUUUCCAGAUGAAGCAAGAGAAACAAUAUCUGGUUUUUUGCCUUCAAUUUUGCUUACUAUACUUACUCAAAUUGUAAUGAUCGUUUUCAGGUUUUUAACAUAUUUUAAAGGUAAAGCAACAGGAAGUGAAAUUGAAUUAGAUUUACAAAAAUGGUAUUUUGCAUUUUUAUUCGUACAACAAUUUUUAGUUGUUACAAUUCUGUCAAGUGUUACUGUAAUUUUCAAACAGAUUAUUGAUCAACCAACAUCAAUACCGAUAUUGUUAGCUACUAAUUUACCUAAAUCUGCAACUUUUUUCUUUCAAUAUAUUUGUCUUCGAGCAUUUGCAUUUUGUGGUGACAAUUUUUUGAGAAUUAAACAAUUGAUUUUGAGCAAUUCAUUGUAUAAGAUAAUUGAUUUGACACCAAGACAGAAAUUUAAAAGGAUUACAACACUACCACAAAUUAAAUGGGGAACAACAUUUGCCGUGUAUUCAAUAUACGCAACUAUUGGAAUUUCAUAUUCUAUCAUUUCUCCCAUGAUUUCAGUAUUCAUAAUAUUUUUCCUAAAUUUAUCAAUAUUAUAUUAUAAAUAUGCUUUGAAGUAUGUUUACAGUCAUAUUAAUACCUCAGAAACCAUGGGUAAAUUAUAUCCGAUAGCAUUAUUGCAUUUAUAUACUGGGGUAUAUUGUCUUGAAUGUUGUUUGAUUGGUGUUUUCUUUUUACUGAAAAAUUCAAAAGGUGUUCAUUCAAUGAGAAUUCAAGGUUGGAUAAUGACUUGGAUUUUAUUUUUCACGAUUUUUGCAAAUACAUUAAUUUAUAAUAGAUACAAACCGUAUUUUUAUAAUUUACCAAUAUUGAAUGACAAAAUAUAUAAGGAGAAUAAAGACGAUGAAACCUCAGUAUCAACAAGCUCUGAUUCAGAUUUUAAUCAUGACUUGUUAUAUCUUCAUCCAGCUUUUAAAUAUGAGCCUCCAACAGUUUGGCUACCACGAGAUCCUGACAAAUUUGUUGACUUCCAAUUGCAAAAUAUCAAAGAUAGGAAUGAAACAAUAACCACACAGACAAAUGGUGCACAAGCAACUGUAGGGAAGUUCUUCAAUAAUUUGAAAAUAAUAGUCUCAGAAGCACCACCCGAUUAUAAAUAG